AUGUUGCUGAGGAACCCCCGAAGCAUGACCAAAAGGCUGUUCAAAAGAAGCAUUGAAACAUUCAAGUCCUACUUCUCCGAAGGUUACCAAAAGCUUCCUAAAACCCCAUCAUACAAUGUCGGUUUCAGCCCGACAAAUAUGUACUCUGAAUUCGUCGAUCAAUGGGAGGCUGCAGACCGUAUUAUGGCAGUUGCAUACGAAAAUAAUACAGACAACUUGAAGCACAAGAAAUCAUCUAUGUUGAUCAAUCAACAUGAAGUUAAUAGAAGGAAGCAACAUAAACACGAAGACACAACACUUAAAGGAGAGGAAAAGAGGUAUAUGGUGACAAGAAGGUUGAAAGAACUGGAACUAUUAGAUGGAAAUAAUGUGGAUCAUAUUCAUGAUAUUCAAGAAGUUCUUCAUUACUAUUCUAGGUUAUCAUGUCCUACUUAUCGUGAAAUGGUCGAUAAAUUUAUGAUGGAUAUAUACUCAGAGGUCCUUAGUUUACCAAGUCGAUCUUGAUUCAAAGGCAAGAAUAAUGCAUGUUCGAGUUUAGAUCAUUCGUGUCUUAUUCUUUCACAAAAACACCCAAUAGAUUUCUGCAACCUACUGUCUGUUUAGAAGGUAAUCGGAUUAAAAACCGUAACUUUUUUCUUUUGUUUCAAAUUCAUUUGUACAACGCUUAUGAGUUUUUUAUUUGCGUCGUGUUGCUUGGUUUGACUAACUUACAAUGUACGUUUCACGAUUCUUCUUAUCUUAUGGAUAGAGGGUGAUUGAUGUCAAUAUAGGAAAAUAAUGUGGGGUACUCUUUGGUGUGAUAAGUUCAACCUAGCUUCAAAGCAAAGUCAAGGUUACAAGUAAAAACUCGACAUCACACAAAGUUGCAUUUUAGCCCUUAUACUUCUAUAAUUUCCCGUUCAGGAGAAUUUAUGGUAUAUAACUAUAUGUUAGUUCAUUUAGAGGGUUGUUAUGUUCGUUUUCAUGAAGGAUAAUCAUGAUUUAACUUUAUGGUUUUCCUUUGGGCGUUUAUUUAUGUAUGUAAUUGUCUUUAGAUAAGAAGAAGAAUCCUUU